AUGUCGAAAGUCACCCACAUCUCGUCGGCGGCGCAGUUCGCCGGCCUGCUCAAAUCGUCCAAAGUGGUCAUUGCCGACUUCUUUGCCACGUGGUGCGGCCCCUGCGUGACGAUCGCGCCCUUUUACGAGAAGAUUGCUGCACAGCUCGGCCGGGAGAACGCCGUGACGUUUGUCAAGAUCGACACCGACGUGCAAAAAGACAUUGCCGCCAAGUACCGCAUCACCGCCAUGCCGACCUUCCUCCUGUUCCGCGACGGAAACGAGAUUGAGCGCGUGCAGGGCGCCGACCCCCGGAAGCUCGAGUCACUAGUCAAUAAGCUAGUCAGAGAGACCGGCAGCGCAGGAGGCGCGUCGAGCAAUGGCAGCGGAGGCGAGGGCUCGAGCGGUGAUGCCAGCGGCUGGUGGAGCGGCGCCAGUGUGCCCCGCGGCUAUGCCGACAUUACGAACCACGUCGAGGUGCAGCGGACGGAGCUGCUCAACGUGGACGACGCCGCGGCGGGCAGUGUGCGCGUGCUGUUUGGCGGGGGCAAGCCGAGCGGGAAGAGCGAGGCGUUGUCGGCAAGCAGCGCAGAUUGGGUCGAGAGCGACACGGACGAGCAGUUGAUGCUGUUCAUCCCGCUGCAGUCAAAUGCCAAGUUGCACACUCUGCAGAUUACCUCUCACCCAACGGACGACGCGGCACGGCCAGAGCUGCUCAAGCUGUAUAGCAACAGCCCGCACAACCUGGGUUUCGACGAAGCGGAAGACACACUGGCGACGCAGGAGGUCACGAUCAAGCCGACGGACUGGAACGAGCAGGGCACCGCCUCGAUCCCACUCAAGUUUGUCAAGUUCCAGAACAUUACCAGCCUGGUCGUGUUUGUGGUGUCGGCCCAGGACGGCGCAGAGAAGGUGCGGCUGGACCGGGUGCGACUGAUUGGUGAGGCCGGCGAGAAGCGGGAGAUGGGCAAGCUGGAGAAGAUUGGUGACGAGCAGGGCGAGUAA